AUGAAAGAAGAAAUUGCCACAAAGAAAAAGCAGACGGGAAUCCGUGGGUUUUUUAAGAGGAAGUGGAAAAAGGCUAAGCAAACCUUAAACCGCUGUUUUAAGAAUACAGUGGAGCCAAUGCAGCCAAACACGAGUACCUCUAAUGAAGCUCUUUUUGAGCCUACAGAGGGAGAAGUAGAGUCUUACUAUAAGUUUGGCAAAUUGCUGGGAGAAGGAGGAUUUGGAUUGGUCCGUACUGGUACCCGCAUUUCUGAUGGCAAAGAGGUUGCCAUAAAAAUCAUGUCCAGGCGGCUGAAUAGACAGACCAUUGUUAUUCCAGGACAUUCCAAACCUCUGCCUGUAGAAGUGGCACUCCUGAUUAAGAUGAAUGAACCUCCCAUAAGUCAAUAUGCCAUAAAAAUGUUGGAGUGGUUCAUAGACUCAAACGACAUCAUCAUUAUUAUGGAGUACCCUCAACCCUGCCUAGGCUUGGACCACAUCAUCCAAUGCAAUCGUACACUGAGUGAAGAAACCGCUCGUGUAAUAAUGCGUCAAACGGUUCAGGCAGUAAUAAACUGCUAUGAUCACGAAGUCUUUCACAGCGACAUCCAUCCAGGCAACUUCCUAGUCAACACAACAACGUUAGACACCAAGCUGAUUGACUUCGGUUGUGGUCAGCUAUAUACUUAUGGCGCCUACAAAAGUCACAAGUACAUAGGUGAGUUGGCAUUUUUUUUCCUAUAG